UGGACCAAUCAAAAAGAAGACGAGGAAGACGAGAAGGAGACGGAAGGAAGUCUUAUAGACCAAGCCUCAGGAAAGAAAGAAGCAAAAGACUUUCCCUCUGUUUGGUUGGCAUGUUGCCUGUGCUGGUCGUCCACGGUGGGGCAGGACAGAUCCCCAAAGAGCGGGUAGAGAUGGCUUCUGCAGGGGUGCGAGCCGCGGCCCGGGCUGGCUACGCUGUGCUGCAGGGGGGGCGGAGCAGCAUGGACGCAGUGGUGGAGGCCGUCACCAAUUUAGAAAACAACCCCAGCUUUAACGCAGGCUAUGGCUCAGUGCUGAAUGUUAAAGGAGAGGUGGAGAUGGACGCCAUUGUGAUGGAUGGACGUACGCUGGCCAGCGGGGCCGUUUCUGCUGUUCGAAACAUAGCCAACCCUAUUCAGCUGGCCCGGCUGGUCAUGGAGCAGACCAGCCACCUAUGCCUGACAGCGGGGGGUGCCGGACAGUUUGCCCGGGCCAUGGGGAUGCCGGAGGUCCCGGGAGACUCCCUGAUCACUGAGUACGCCCGCAUGCGCUGGAAGAAGAACCUGGCCCCCAACGCCAACCCUGUUGAGAGUCAGAUGGGAAAGAUGGGCACGGUGGGAGCAGUAGCAGUGGAUGAAGACGGGAACAUCGCCUGUGCCACGUCCACGGGCGGCAUGCUCAACAAGAUGGAGGGCCGAGUGGGAGACACGGCCUGCAUAGGAUGUGGGGGCUAUGCUGAUAACAGAGCAGGAGCAGUAUCUCCUACAGGCCAUGGAGAAGCCAUCAUGAAAGUGACGCUGGCUAGACUCAUCCUGUUCCACAUGGCGCAAGGCAUGUCCCCAGAGGAGGCCAGCGACCUGGGCCUGGCCACCAUGAAGGAACGAGUGGAGGGGCUGGGCGGCGUGGUGACGGUAGACCCCCAGGGCCGAUGGGCCGCCCGCUUCACCAGCACCCAGAUGGCGUGGGCCGCGGCACAGGGGGGCACCCUGCACUUCGGCGUGUUCUCCGGAGAGGACGUUACCCAGGACAUCGGCGACCCCAGCUGAUGGAUGAGCAGCGGCGCCGCGUUAUGUUUCAGAGGCCGAGGUGUUUAUCCGGAUGCUUUUAUUUUUGUAUUAUUUGCGAAUCACCGAUCAAGUCGUUAUUAUUCUAAAUGAACAGGGGAGAAGCAAGACACACUGGAAUGUGGGGGCCUGGGGUAUUUGAGAUGAGGGCCUUCUGGACUUCCAUUUCAAUACUAGGGACCUUAUUACUUUUUAAACUACUUGAUUUAAAUGGCUGCAGGACAUUUCAUGUUUUAUUUCAUUAGUUAGUUAGUGUGAAAAAUUCAAUAUUGUAUUGAAUAUAUUCGUAUGCAACUAUGUAAAACAAUACAUUUAUGUUAAGUUUAAACUGAAAGUCUUUCUAAAUGAUUAUUGUUCUUAUUUCAAUAUGUCGUGAUAAAAAUUGAUUGGUAAUAAUAAAUCCUCUAUAAAUUUUA